GCUGAUUAGUUGACUGUCAACAUGAAAGAUGGCGACGCAUCACAGGCAAAACGCUGCGGGUCGGAGGAAAGUCCAGGUUUCCUAUGUGAUAAGAGAUGAAGUGGAGAAGUACAACCGGAAUGGGGUGAACGCCCUGCAGCUGGAUCCUGCUCUGAACCGCCUCUUCACCGCUGGAAGGGACUCGAUCAUCCGCAUCUGGAGCGUCAACCAGCACAAACAGGAUCCCUAUAUCGCUUCGAUGGAACACCACACCGACUGGGUGAAUGAUAUCGUCCUCUGCUGUAAUGGAAAGACACUGAUUUCAGCAUCAUCAGAUACGACAGUUAAAGUGUGGAACGCACAUAAGGGCUUCUGCAUGUCCACAUUAAGAACUCAUAAGGACUAUGUCAAAGCUCUGGCUUAUGCGAAAGACAAGGAGCUGGUGGCGUCCGCUGGCCUGGACAGACAGAUCUUUCUGUGGGACGUAAACACGCUCACGGCUCUGACCGCCUCCAAUAACACGGUCACCACUUCGUCUCUCAGUGGGAACAAAGACUCGAUCUACAGCCUUGCGAUGAACCAGCUGGGCACCGUCAUCGUCUCAGGAUCAACAGAAAAGGUCUUGAGGGUGUGGGAUCCGCGGACGUGUGCGAAACUAAUGAAACUGAAAGGACACACAGACAAUGUGAAAUCGUUAUUAUUAAACAGGGACGGUACUCAGUGUCUGUCCGGAAGCUCGGACGGUACGAUACGACUGUGGUCUCUGGGUCAGCAGCGCUGCAUCGCUACGUACCGGGUCCAUGACGAGGGCGUGUGGGCGCUGCAGGCCAACGAAGCCUUCACGCACGUCUACUCGGGCGGUCGCGACCGUAAGGUCUACUGUACGGACCUGCGCAGCCCAGACAUCCGCGUGCUCAUAUGUGAGGAGAAGGCUCCUGUUCUCAGAAUGGAGCUGGACCGGUCAGCAGACCCCCCUCCUGCGAUUUGGGUGUCCACGGCUAAAUCCUGCGUGAACAAAUGGUCUCUGAAAGGAAUGCACAACUUCCGAGCAUCAGGCGACUACGACAACGACUGCAGUGCACCGCUGACCCCACUGUGUACACAGCCUGAGCAGGCCAUUAAAGGUGGUGCCAGCAUAAUUCAGUGUCAUAUCCUGAACGAUAAGAGACACAUCCUGACCAAAGACACCAACAACAACGUGGCGUUCUGGGACGUGCUCAAGGCGUGUAAAGGGGAAGACCUCGGCAAAGUGGAGUUCGACGAGGAGAUCAAGAAGCGCUUCAAGAUGGUCUACGUGCCCAACUGGUUUUCGGUGGACCUGAAAACAGGGAUGCUGACCAUCACCUUGGACGAGAGCGACUGCUUUGCUGCCUGGGUGUCCGCCAAAGACGCUGGAUUCACAAGUCCGGACGGAUCGGACCCAAAGCUGAACCUGGGAGGACUCCUGCUCCAGGCUUUGCUCGAGUUCUGGCCUCGAACACACAUCAAUCCAAUGGAAGAAGAAGAAGGAGAAGUUAAUCACGUAAACGGGGAGCAGGAGAACCGGCUUCAGAAAGGCAACGGCUAUUUCCAGGUGCCUCCACACACUCCGGUCAUCUUCAGCGAGGCAGGCGGAAGGACGCUGUUUAGGUUAUUGUGUCGAGACUCUGGUGGAGAAACAGAGUCCAUGUUGCUGAAUGAAACCGUUCCCCAGUGGGUCAUUGACAUCACUGUGGAUAAAAACAUGCCCAAAUUCAACAAGAUCCCAUUCUACCUGCAACCUCACUCAUCCUCUGGGGCGAAAACACUCAAAAAGGACCGUCUGUCAGCCAGCGACAUGCUCCAGGUGAGGAAGGUGAUGGAGCACGUCUACGAGAAGAUCAUCAACUUGGACACAGAGUCUCAGACCACAAGCUCAUCAGGAACAGAGAAGCAAGGAGAGCAGGAGAAGGAAGAGGACAUGGCCAUGCUCGCUGAGGAGAAAAUCGAACUCAUGUGCCAGGAUCAGGUUCUGGAUCCAAACAUGGACUUGAGAACAGUGAAGUAUUUUAUCUGGAAGAGCGGCGGCGACUUGACUCUUCACUACAGACAGAAAUCGACGUGAGAGUGAUGCCAGGAUGACCCUCACCUCCUCCACUCUCGCUUCCCAUCGGUUUGCUCACGGAGAACGUUCAGCACCAUUCCCCUUCUGUUAGGGCGAGACUGGAAACAGACUUUGUACAGUAUAAUAGUAGGACUUUUUUUAUUUCAAGAUGUCCAGUUGGAUACUGAUGCACAGGGAAAUAUGUUCUGGAGCGUUUAGAUGCUCACAAUUUCCAAACAUUUCUAUUAAAAUGCUCCUAAACCCCCCAUCGGUGUGAAUAGAGAGAUUACUGAAUUAAUUUUUCCACCAAUCACAUCCAACAUUGGAUUAACUUGGUAGUGAUGGACAAUUUUGAUAAGUAUACGACAAUCAAAACUUUAUUACAUCUCGAAUUCCUGUAUGUUCAUAGAGCCGGGUGUUCAAAUUACUCACCACCUCAUUAUUCAGGAAUAAUAAAGCCAGAACUGGUGCUGCACAAUGUGGGGAAAGAGUUGUUUUGAAAACGGCCCGCUUUGAGUUAUGUCAUCUAAAAAAAAAAAAAAAAUCAAGCUGCAAUGCUGUAUCAGUUCAUCAACCAUCUGUAUAAAUAAGAGCAAGUGGGGGAAAAAAAAAAUUCCACCUAGACGCUUUUCUGGCAACAAGCUUCAGGAUUAUGGAAUCAGUUUUGUGCCAAAAUGUUCAUACAAUACUUUUGAAAUAUCAAACAAAAACGACAAAUCAAAAUACAAAGUCAAUUUUUUUAGACUGG